CUUUUAAUCACCUACGAAUCUCCAUCUCAGGUUACACUUGUCUCCUCCCUCCUUCCAGCCCCGCGCACCACCACGGACAAGCAGCCAAUCUCACAUUCUCCAGGUGAACGAACGAACACAAAAUUCAAACUGAAAUCCAAAUCCGAUCCCACCCAACCCCUGAAAUUCCAAAUCCGCACCUGGACCUGCCCCUAAUGCGCCGGCCUCGCGCCGCCGCACGCUGCCGAUGAGUCCCACCCCUCCGAACGCCGGCGGCGACCUCUUCGCCGCCAAUCUCACGGGCGCGCUCCUCGCGGUCGCCUCCUCCGCCUUCAUCGGCGUCAGCUUCAUCGUAAAGAAGAAGGGCCUCCGUCGCGCAGGCGCCGCCGGCACCCGCGCAGGUGUUGGAGGCUAUGGAUAUCUCUUGGAGCCUCUUUGGUGGGUUGGAAUGGUUACUAUGCUGAUUGGUGAGAUUGCAAAUUUCGUGGCCUACAUGUUUGCGCCCGCUGUUCUAGUCACUCCGCUUGGUGCGCUAAGCAUAAUUGUCAGUGCUGUGCUAGCUCAUUUCACCCUGAAUGAGAAGCUGCAGCGGAUGGGCGUGUUGGGCUGUGUGCUCUGUAUCGUCGGGUCAACCGUGAUCAUCCUCCAUGCGCCUGAAGAAGAGACGCCAAGCUCAGUAGCGCAGAUCUGGCACUUGGCAACGCAACCUGCCUUUCUUUGCUAUGCGGCCUCUGCACUGGCGAUCUCACUGAUCUUGAUGCUGCAUUGUGCUCCCCGCUAUGGCCAGACCAACAUAGUGGUGUAUGUCGGAAUUUGCUCAGUGAUAGGAUCUUUGACGGUAAUGAGCAUCAAGGCGGUAGGCAUUGCUAUCAAGCUUACAAUUGAGGGCAUUAAUCAGGCUGGUUAUUUCCAAACUUGGUUGUUUGUGACUGUUUCAGCCACAUGCAUAAUUAUUCAGUUAGUUUACCUGAACAAGGCAUUGGAUACUUUCAACACGGCAGUUGUUUCUCCCAUCUACUAUGCGAUGUUCACAUCCCUCACAAUUUUAGCAAGUGCCAUAAUGUUCAAGGACUGGUCCGGGCAGAGUGUAAGCAGUAUGGUCUCUGAGAUUUGUGGAUUUCUUACCGUGCUUACGGGCACUGUUGUACUGCAUUCAACAAGAGAACAUGAUCCAACCCUUUCUUCAGAUUUGUACACUCCUCUUCCCCCAAUAUACUGGCAUAUCCAAGGCAAUGGUGAAACAGCAGGGAAACAGAAAGAGGAUGAUUUGCUCUCUGGCGACUUCAUUACCGUGGUGCGACAAGACUACUUUGUGUAGAGAACUUCCAGGAUUCUCAACGUUAAUUUUUGAAGAAGAACAGUAUGAAAGGAUCCUACUGAUGCUCGGUGUUCUGUGACACCUUGCUUUAGUUCUUCUCAUGGAAGCUCAUGCUGCUUUCUAUGCUCAUAGCCUCCUCGAGAUCGUCUUCCAGCAGUCGGACCGGCCUAAGUAAUGCAAAGUUUUGCAGAAAUGGUAGGUUUAGUUGAAGUCCCAAUUUGAUGUUGGUGCACCUGGGACCGAUGGCCUGUGUUAUAAUCUGAGCAACCUGUUUUCUAGCCUGUUGGUGUGAGCAAGGUUUUACUGCCAGUUUAUCAGGGUGGUGCAGCCAGAUGUGUUAUAUGCGUCGCCUCAUCCAUCUGAGGCUCUCCCUAGUCUGACAGUAUUCGGCUUUCAGCUUGUAAACUGGUUAGCAGAUGUAUUUAUAUUGUACAGCCUAAUGUGAACGUAUGAAUUAGAGCUUAUAGAAUCUGAGCACAUAUUUGGCGGAAAACUUUGUCGAGCUUCUUUUGUUGGCUCUUGCAGUACUAUAUUGCUCCUGAAAUGUAAUGUUGUUAUGGCU